CGCGAUGCGCGCGCGCGCGACGCCGCGCGCGCCCGCCGCGCGCGCGACGUCCGCGGCGCGCGCGCGACUCGGACGCGCGGCGCCGACGCGACCCGCGCGCGACGCGCGCGAACGCGACGCGCGACGGCGACCGAAGACGCCAUCGCGACGACGACCGAAGACGCGCGCGGUCGUCGACGCGCGCGAACGACCGCGGGGCGCGGGGCGCGGCGCGCGAACGUGGGACGACGCGGACGCGACGCGAGAGGUCGGGACGAGCACGACGGCGCAGGCGCGCGCGAACGCGGUGAAUAUCUUGCUCGGCGUGGGGACGCUGAGCGUGCCGUACGCGCUGCGCGAGGCGGGAUGGAGCGGAUUGGGGGUGCUGAUGACUUUGGGGGUGGUGACGAAUUAUACGGGGAAGAUUUUGAUCAAGUGUCAGCGGCGAGGGAGCCUGCCGGCGAAUGAACGGUCGGACAUCGGAGAGGCCGCGUUCGGGGUGAACGGGCGGAAUUUCAUCACGUUCGUCUUGUACACGGAGCUGAUUGGCACCGCAGGCUUGUUUUUCAUUCUCGAGGGCGAUCAUCUGGCGAAGCUUUUCCACAUGCAAGGUAAAGAGGAACUCUUUUCCGCAUGCGCGGCGCUCGCGAUGGUGCCAACGACGUGGCUGUUAGAUUUAUCCAGCCUGUCGUACGUCGGCGCGCUCGGCUUGUGCGCUUCGGUGAGCGUCACCGGCGUGAUGCUGUACGAAUUAUUUAGCCAAGUCAUAUCGACCGGAGAGUUGCCUCGGGCGGCAGCCGAGACGGCGAUGAUACAUUACUCUACGUUUCCCGUGAGCUUUGGCCUUUUGGCUUUCGUGUUCGCCGGUCACGCGGUGUUUCCCGCGAUUUACGCGAGCAUGGAGAAGCCGGAAGAGUACGAGGAGAUGCUCGACAAUUCUUACGCCAUCGUGGCCUUGAACUGUCUCGCGCUCGGCGUUGCGGGAUACUGCUUAUAUGGCGACAACGUUGCUGAUCAAGUCACCCUGAACCUUCCAGCGGGAUCGCUCGCCACACUCGCGUUCGCGUUGAUUACUGUGAACCCGUUGGCGAAAUUCGCGCUGACUUUGGAUCCCGUCGCCAAGGGCGCCGAAGAAAAACUCAAGCUCCGCGUCAAGGAGUCCAGCAAAGAUGCAUUCAUCUCUCGGCUUGUUCGUACCACGCUCGGCGUCACUGCGCUCGGUAUCGCCGUCAAGCUUCCAUUUUUUGGCGUCGGCAUGUCGCUCAUCGGCAGCGUGUUGACGCUCACCGUCUCUGUACUGUUUCCAUCGCUGUGCUAUCUCCGCAUGUUCGACGACGACAUCGACGACGCCGAGAAACUCAUCAACUACGCGAUAUUAGCCAUCGGCACCGCGUGCGUCGUUUCCGGCACCGCUGGCGCGCUCGACUCCGCCUUCGCCGUCGCCGCGUAACCGACGCC